AUGGCCCAAGAACCCACCGAGAAUACUGAAACAAUCAAGUAUGCUGUUGUUACUGGUUCAAACAAAGGGAUUGGAUUUGAAAUAUGCAGGCAGUUGGCUUCCCAUGGAAUUACAGUGGUGUUGACUGCCCGAGAUGAGAAGAAGGGUCUUGAAGCUGUUGAGAAACUCAAGGAUUCUGGUUUUUCUGAUAAAAUAAUCUUUCAUCAACUUAAUGUUAUGGAUCCAGCAAGUGUCAAUUCCCUCGCUGAAUUUGUUAAAUCCCAGUUUGGAAGGCUCGAUAUCUUGGUGAAUAAUGCUGGAGUUGGUGGAGCCAAUGUCGAUAGUGAUGCUCUAAUAGCUAGGAGAGGCGCUGCUGCUGCGACGGGUGGGGCACAAAUUAACUGGAGUGAGAUAAUGACUCAACCAUAUGACUUAGCAGUGGAAUGUUUGCAAACAAACUUUUAUGGUGCAAAGAGAACUAUUGAAGCUUUGCUUCCCCUACUCCAGCUAUCCAAUUCACCACGGAUUGUAAAUGUUUCCUCUUCAAUGGGAAAGUUAAAGAAUAUACCCAAUGAGUGGGCUAAAACUGUGCUGAAUGAUGCUGAAAGCCUCACAGAAGAGAGUAUCGAUCAGGUGCUGAACGAGUUUCUGAAAGACUUCAAGGAAGAUUCCCUGGAAAACAAAGGCUGGCCUCGUUUUUUGGGGGCAUACAUGCUGUCAAAAGCAGCCAUGAAUGCUUACACAAGAAUUCUGGCAAAGAAGCACCCUAAUUUUCAGGUCAAUUGUGUGUGCCCUGGCUUUGUUAAAACGGAUAUUAAUUACAAUACAGGCAUAUUGACAGUUGAAGAAGGUGCAGAAAGUCCGGUAAGGUUGGCUUUGCUGCCUGAUGACGGCCCGUCUGGCUUGUUCUUUGUGAAGAAGGAAGUGUCGUCUUUCGUGGAGUAA